AUGUACCAUCAAGAACUGAAACGAAUGUUGCGCUCCAUUGCUUAUGUGCUUUCCAUCUCAACUGUCAUCAAGGCUCAAACGCUCGUCGGUUGUGAUUCUGUGAACUGCGUCACUCAGUAUAAUCCACCCACAUGCCCAAUCAAUAAUAUUACACUUUCUGUGAUCGGAAUCACUUCAUUUAAUACUUCGAUCGAUCAAUCACCAUUUACCUGGACAUUAGGGAUUCAAGAAUCCGAAGAAACAGUUGAACAUUCUAUCCCAACCACGCAUCUCAAGCAUCGUCAAACCUCUUCGUCUCCUACAGGCCCUGUUAAACCCACUGCCACUUCCUCCUUCAACAUAACCUUGAGCCGGGAUUUUUAUCUUGGAACUCCUCCAACAAUAAAUUUGACCUCGGGAUCAAGCACCCAUGCAUGCGCACUAUUCUUCGAUGGAAUAGGAUCAGAUUUAACAUUUGGAACCAGCGCUACAGGAACAUGUAAUGAUGCUCUUACAGCGUCUUGUGUUGAUGACCUAUUAGCUCAAUCUCAAUCUCAGAUGGCCAAAAUUUUGUCAGUUACCCCGAAUGCUCAGAACGAAACAAAUAUUUGCAAUGCGCUACAAUCAGCCAUUAAAUCUCAAGUUCCGGCAUCUUGUACUGCGGCAAAGGGUGGUAGCUGGGGAGAUAUUGUUGCACAAGGCUUGAGCUCCCCAAUUUCUCCACCAAGCACACCUAAGUCACCCGAUUGUAUCCCAACAACUGGAGAGAAUUACGAGUUAUCUCUAAUCCACAACACCACAUCCUCGAGUAUAGUAGAUGUCGCUCACUUUGCUUUACUCUCAGACCUCGCAAAGGGCGCAUUUUAUAAUGGCAUUACCCCGAUUCUCACAGUUUUAUGGAACACGUCGAGUUCUAAUGAUACCUCGUCUAUUACUGCUAGUGCGGAGUCACAUUUGAGUUGUUUGAAAGUGGUGGAAAGUACGAAUGGGGAGGUUGGGGGGGACACUUCUUCACCUCCUAAAUCUGAAGGCUCGAUUAUGGGUAUAGAUAAGUACUGGAGCUGGGGAUUAGUGACGGUAGUUUGGGGAUGGAUUGUGUUUUGUUAG